AUGUCAGAACUGCGCAGCCUUUCCGAGAUGAAAUUGCGUGAAGCCGAAUCGCGAACUAAGCGUGUUGAAGCCUCUCUGAUAGCUGCUACCCGACGUGGCCAUCCAGCUCAGUCAACUGCAUUUAUUAAACCUUCACCUCAUGCAGCAGUAGUAACCACCGUCAAUGUCGACAGCGCACCUUUGUCCUUCUCAAUACCAGAAUCGAUGCCAAUCGUUUCUUCCCAUAGCCUCUCAUCCUUCGGUGCGAAUUUAUCGCUGCAGAUGGCCAAUUUUAAAUCGCCAGAUUGCAUUGACACGGACUCAGGGGAAAUUUCUGCCGAUAUUGCUGACGACGGCACUAAAGUGCCAUCAACCUACUCUAAGAUCUCGAAAGAAAUAUCGGCUAGUGUCCAUUCUUGUCAAUCAGGAAUGUUGGAGUCUCAGAGAUCUUCGAUUCCUCAAAAUAGAUUGGGCUUUGGAGCACAGUCACCGAUUAAUUUCAGGCCACCAAAAAGUCAACACCUAAGGGUUGGUAUACUAAAAGUUGAAUCUUGGUGUUGUUUAAACUUUGUGCUUAUAUUGUGGUAUUCGUUAUUCACAAUGAAGGCAGAAUAG